AUGCUGCAGGAAAUCAAGGAGAGAACAGCCAAUCAUAUUACACAGCUACAGCAACAACUAACCAAUAAAGUACAAGAUAUUCAGAUACUUCAGGCCAAGUUAGAUACACAGCAGGAUUAUAUGAAGAUCAAAGCUGAGCUCAGCAGUCUUCAGACCGCCAGUAACCCUCAUGGUGUGCAGGUCUCUUCCACACCAUCAGAUGUUAAUAGGAUCUCAGAAAGGCAAAGUGCAGCUUCAUAUGUGCAGCCUAUUGGUGACAAUGGUCCUGUUGUCAAGAUGGAGUUGAAGACACAGGUGGAGUUUGAUCAGGGAUCAUUAAAUGAAUCAUCUGUGGUCAACAGGAGGACACCAUCAUCAUCAUCAUCAUCUCUAUACCUCCAAACAGCCAUUAAAGAAGAGCAUGACAUCACUUAUCUGACAUCACAAGAGUUUUCCCAUGAUUGUUUUUUAAAGCACAGCAUCAGUGAUGAGAGUGAAGUUUAUAACACACAGACUGAUGAGUUUAUGGACCAGGAUGAAGAUCAGGUUGACACCACCAGAAUCACCCAACAGGUGAAAGAGAUCCUUCAGACACACAGUAUCGCCCAGCGAGUGUUUGCCCACUAUGUGAUGGGUCUUUCUCAAGGGACUGUGAGCGAGAUACUGUCCCGACCCAAACCUUGGAGUAAACUGACCAUCAGAGGUAGAGAACCAUUCAUAAGAAUCAAACACUUUCUGUCAGAUGCAAACGCCAUUCAAAUGCUCAGGAACAUCCAAGAUAGACUGAGAGUGGAAGAGUAUGACAGGAGACCUUCAAGUGAUGGAGAUACAUCAGACAACAUUAUAAGAAACAUUCUUGAGCAGGCCAAACAAGAGAUGAACGCUUCAACUCGUACAACGAAAAAUAUCCGCACUACACAAUGUGACACUUCCAUGAUGAAGCCGAAAGACGUGGAUUCAGGGAGACUGGAUCCCAGCAGUCUAUCACGAACGGUUUUUGUACAAAGCAUCAUCCAAAAAGUCCAAAGUGAGAUUGAUACCACAAAUCCAUUACACUCUCGUUCUUCUUCUCUCUCCUCUGUUGAUUGCUUUUUGGGUCAAGGAAUGUCACAGAGGCUUACUGUUGAAUCAGACCGGAGUAAACAAGGAUUUUACAAUAAAAUGGCAUCAGUGGAGUUGGGAAAAGAGAAAACGGCUCUAGUGGAAGUUUCUGAUGAUCGUACUGGCAUCAACACCGGUCUGGAUCUCGAGGAGUUAGACACAUUCAACAUCACCAAAAGAGUAAAGGAAGUUCUCACAGUCAACAAUAUAGGUCAACGUCUAUUUGGGGAGGCAGUACUUGGUUUAACACAAAGCUCUGUAUCUGAGCUUCUGUCUCAUCCCAAACCCUGGAGAAAACUGAGUGCGAAAGGGAAGGAGAAUUUCAUUCGUAUGAAUCUGUGGCUCCAGGACCCUCGCCAUGUCCAAAAACUGAACGCUAUGAAGAUGAUGGGCCAGAGAGGUAAACGUGUGAUUGGCAACAGUAGAUGA